AUGUCCCCUUAACGCCUGCGCACCAUAAAGACUCAGUUGCUGUGAGCAUUCCAGGGGCAUUAUGUUGUUAUUUUGUAUGUAAGGAUCUGAUUCACAGUCUGCCACGAGGAAAAUAGCUUUUGUCAUUUCAUAACCUUUUGUUCCUAGGUUUUUAAGGAACAGCAUGGGUUAUGAGAUAGUCAGAUUUGAAGGUGAAGUGGAUGAAGAACUGAUCUGUCCAAUAUGCAGUGGUGUGAUGGAAGAACCACUUCAGGCCCCACAAUGUGAACAUGCGUUUUGUGCAUCAUGCAUUCAGGAGUGGCUCACUAGGCAACCAACCUGUCCGGUAGACAGAAGCCCCAUCACCUUUAAUCAGCUCAAACCUGCCCCUCGAAUCCUGCGAAACUUACUAUCAAGACUUCAGAUUGCUUGUGACAAUGCAGUGUAUGGCUGUACUGCCAUUGUCAAGCUGGAUGCUCUCCCCUCUCACUUGCAGGAAUGUGAGCACAAUCCCAAAAAACCAGUACAGUGUCAAGAGGGUUGUGGACUAGUUAUCCCAAAAGAUGAGUUAAAGGAACACAACUGUGUGCGAGAGCUGAGAAGUCUGGUUAGCAGUCAUCAGCAAAAGAUGGCAGAGAUGCAGAGUGAGAUCAUCGAGUCCAAGUUACAACUGAAUGAACAGAAGCGAGAAAUACAGCUGCUGAAGGAACUAAUGCGGUCAAUGCGAGUUAGUAAUCCACGCAUUCGAGAAAUUCAAGCGUCAAUGGAAAAUGAAGAUGUAAUCAGGUGGGUUGCAAGCCUUCAGGCUGCUCGAGUCACUCGAUGGGGUGGCAUGAUCUCCACACCUGAUGCUGUUCUGCAGGCAGUCAUCAAGCGUGCUCUUAUAGACAGUGGAUGUCCAACACAUAUUGUGAAUGAGUUGAUGGAAAAUGCACAUGAGAGGAGAUGGCCUAACGGCCUCAGCACUUUGGAGACUCGACAGCUCAACCGGAGACAGUAUGAAAACUAUGUGGCCAAACGAAUUCCAGGCAAACAAGCUGUGGUUGUGAUGUAUUGUGAAAACCAGCACAUGCCAGAUGACCUCAUCAUAGAACCAGGACUAGUCAUGAUCUUUGCACAUGGGGUAGAAUAAUUUCCACUUGAACAGACACAGACUUGGCAACAUUGUUUUUGCCCACAAAUCCAUGCCAUACUCCAACAGCUGCUUAAACACUUUUAGUAUGGCACAGGUCACCCAGUAAAGGAAGAAAAAACUUCAAUCCAUCCAGUAUUUUAGCAUUCAGGCAGUUUUGGACAGGUUAUCAAAGGAUAAUAACAAAUGGAUUUGAUUUUACUUUUUCUCUCUUAUGAAGUGAAAGCUUGUGGCUAAAUGUAAUCGCUUAAAGAUAAGUGUAAAGACAAAAUGCAUGUGUAUUGUGGAACUGUGAUAAGAAACCUGUGAAGGUGUAUGAACUGAUCUGGCAUUAUUAAAGACUGGGUACAUUAAUUCUGUCAGAAGAAGUCUUUUGAACCUUUGAGUAAAUUUCUUUGGUUUAUCUGCUUUAGAAAAGUGAAUGUGAAAAAGAAGUAUGCUGGGCUUAAACUCUUGCUUUACUUGAGAUUCGAGCUAGCGAAAUCAGAGACUGAAGAUACAACUAGUGGGAGCUAAGAUUCAGAGUUUACUGUCCUGUGUUAAAGGCUGGCAUGCUGGCAUAGGCUAGGUGCUUGCUUCAGCAUAUUUGCUUAAUUUAUUUCUUGUGCUUGCCUCAUGUCCAUGCUUGUGACCUCAUAAUAAGUUCAUUGCCUGCUGUAACCUCUCUUGAAAGGGCCUAUUGUCAAUUACCCUGUUUCUUUUCUUAUAACUGAGCAGUUGAGUUGUUGUGAUUUUUAUAAUUCAUAUGGUGGUAUCGAUUGUAGCUUGCUACAUGUAGUUUACCAGUUUUGCAGUCUGUUUCCUGUAAAAAUACCUUGCUGUAGUACCUGUUUGAUUCUGCAGAAUGAUGUUUAUAGGUUGUGCAAAAGUUUUAUUUUGGUGAUGCAGAGUUGAUUACUUCUUUGUCAGUAUGUUCAUUGUCCAUGAUAAGUUUAAAGAACUGUCAGUUCACUAGAGUGAAAAGAUGUGUAAAAGUCUUUGUUUACACUGGGAAAAUAGUUUUUCAUAUGAUAGCUUUGUUACAAAUGUGUGCAGCCUACUUUAUUUAUUAAGAAAAGGAAAUGGAAAGUUCUUAUUUGCAAACAUUCAAGAACAACUUAUGUCUUUUGAAACUCUUUUGGUUUUAAAAAACUUAGCAACUUAUAUAAUAUUGUUCUGGCAUUUCUUUUAGCUCAAAUGUUGAUGCACUUAUGUAGCAUCAGAAAGUUGUUAUCUGUUAUCAUCUUUUACUCUAAAUAUUCUUCCAGGAGUUUCUUUUUUAAUCUCUCUAGAUCAGUGGUUCUUAACCAUUUUUUGAGGUACCAAACCCACAAGUUUCAUAUGGCCAUUCACCGAACCCUUCUUUAGUGUCAUCACGAAUUGCGGGUGUGUCUUGACCUCCGUGGUGGAGGCUCUGCCGAACCCGAGACCGACUCACCGAACCCCUAGAGUUCGAUCAAACCCCGGUUAAGAACCACUGCUCUAGAUGAAAACAGACUCAUCCGCAUUGAGCUACUUUUAUUAUAUUAAAAUAUAGCAGAAAGUUCAGGUAUCAUUCCUGUGAUUCUGUUUUGGGAAAGGGGUUCUUGCUAAACAUUUUAUUGUAGCAGGAUUAUUCUCAUAAAAGUAACUGUUACUUAAGCUCAGAUAAGCAUUUAGAAAUCAUGCUACCUGUUGAAUAUUCUCUUCACACUCCAUUAAGCAAGACAUCCUUUUUGUUGUUUCACUUGAUAUGGUUUCUGAUGGGAAAGACUUUUUUAUGUAAACUUACAGUUGAUAAGUUAGAACCUCAGUGAGGGCACAUUUUGCAUACAUUCUAAAUACAACAGAUUUGUGCUGAAGGUAGCAUUUGUCUGUGAUGUUAUUGCCACCAGACUACAGGUUUUGUAAAUCAUUUUUGAUGCACAAGAAAUUUCCUGAAAGUUCAUGUUGAAUUACAUGUGUAAGUUAUAACUUUGAAGAUUUCAUAUGAAGCAAUUUCAGCAUCUGUUAGGAAUUUAGGUACAAGCCAUAUUAUGUUGUUUUGUAUUUUUGGACAGUUUUAUGCAUGCAAGUUUAUUUCUUUCAAUUGGCUUUUACAGUGUUAUCUCUUGUCCUGUCCUUUAGACUGGAAUAUCAUUGUGGAUAUGAAUUCUUGUUUAGUUUUGCACUAUCUGAAAAGAUAUGUAUUUGUCAGCCAGGUGCUCUAAUCAUUGGUUGCACUGCUUGGCUGCCUCUUUGCCUACCAUGUGCCUCUUGCACCUGCUUUUUCAAGUGGUAUGUGCACAUUCUCAGGUCCACGUAGGAGGCAAGUGGCAAGGAAAUGAGAGGAAGUUUUGUUUUACAAAGAAAUCUAAAAAAAAAACAGGGUCUUAAAGUGUCACAGUGUGCUUUUCCCUUCAUGUUAAAUUGCAUCAUGUUCAAAACAUGCUUAGAUUCCAAAAAUUUUGUCUACUUAUUGGUCUAACAUCUUUAGAAAACCUAAUAAGGUCACAUUAGGGCCAGCAUAACGAGGAACAUGAUAAAAAUCUGGAAAUGAAGAAGAAGAAAUGUUCUUAUUUAAUAUACUUCCCCCAGAGGGCUGCAUGUUAUUUACAAAGAAACUAUGGAAUGAAGAUACAGUUGCAUGCACAUGCAUACAUAAAUACAAAACAUGGUAUAUAUGAAGAUACUCAUCAAACGAGAGAAAUGGUAGCAGUUUUAGUUGGUAUUGUAGAAGGGUUAAACAGAUAUGAUAUAAAGUUUGUAAGACUUUUUUAAUUUAAUUUUUUUCUGAUUGAAGAGUAAAAUGUUAUAAAUCUGGUAGUGAAUUGGUACAUCUUUUGGCCAUCUCAUAUUUGUUUCUAGCAGUGGUGUUUAAUAAAGUCAUGGCAAGCUGUCUCUAAUGAUGACCAUCCUCUCCUACACAUUUAAGAACAUUGCUUCUGUAUGAGGCUUUUAACAUUUCGAUGGUUUUUGCAUUCACUGGUAGGUAUUACUGUAAAUUCCUUUACAAGAUAGUCUCAUGUCAUCAAAACAGAUUAACAAAUUAACUACAAACUUUAAACUAAAAUGUAGUGUUCAUUAAAUACAGGCUAGUGAAUAUGAUCUCAUAUUUUACACAGAGCUUUUGUGGUCAACGUGGCUGGAAGCCUAUUUUCAAUUUUAUAUAUAUGUAUGCAGAUUCAAAGAAAUAAUGGCUUCUUUGGUCUUCAUAUCAAAUGAUAUUCUUAUCAUGAACAUUUGACAGAAUAUUUCACUUCUUUUGCUGGUUUGUCAGAAUUUGCUAGUGGGAUGCAGUGUUAUGUGGUAUUCAGGGAAUACUUGCCCCAGAAAACUAUGAAUUUUUAUUUUUCUCAGUAGACGUUAACAUUUUUAUGAUGCAUGUGAAAUGAAUGGCAAUGAUGGUUGAUUCUUUAAUAAAAUUAUGACAAGGAAAUGGCUGGAUUAUUUCAAGAGUCAGCAUGUUGUGAUCUUGCAUGCAUACCAUUGGUUAAUCCAUGCUUGAAUUAGUUUUGUUUCAAUUUGGAUAUUUAAGGUAAUGUUCAAUGUGACAUAAGAGUUGAUGGGACCAGGCUUCAAAAAAAAAAAUCUAUAACAAACCAAGAAAGUUGAAUGCGUUCAUAUGUAUAGUUUGCUCCAUGCCAGUUUCAUGCUACUAAAAGGGGAAAAAAUGUCUUUGUUUUUGGUGUGUUUUAUUUUUCAGUUUUGUCUACAUUCUUAAAAUGUUUAAAUUAUUGAACAUAGCAUAGGAAUUAGCAUACAAAGCCUUAUACAAAACUUUUUAUGCGUAGGUUAGUUAUAUUUCCCAUUUUGUUUUUAAAAAAUUAGCUUGAAUUUUACUUUUAUUUCUGCUGAUUUGGAUCUUUUUCCGAAUAGGAAGUCUAUUUGUUGUAUGCUUUUGUAGCAAGACAUAAUGUACACACUUUAGUGAGUUGUACUUUGUUUGCUGAGCUGAUUUAAAAAAAAUUUUUUUUUGCUAUCCAUGUUGCAUGGGAUAAGCAUGUAUUUUCAGGGAUAUGGAUGUUUAUGGUGUACAGCUGUUUUAAUUUGUUGAAUCACUAAACUCUUCAAAAUCCUAAA